AAAAAAUCGAUUUAUUCAAAACUGGUUUUGCAUACGAAAGAUUGCCAACAUAGGUGUGUACACAAGUUUUGUGUUUAUAUUGAACCUUCUAGAUUUCUUUGUGAAGCUGUGAAAAAGAGUAAUUAAUUUCUUUUCGAAUAAAAUCCAAACAGCACGAUAUUUUAAAUUUUAAUUAAAAGUCAUAUUAAUUACAUCUAUAAAAGAAAUGAUUUCCUCAAAAUUAGUCCUUUUGUUUAAGAUUCAUUUCCAAAGGAGAAAAUUGCAUCACGUGAUAAAGCAUCUAUGCAUUAUUAAUCCGUGCCAUAGUAAGACAUAUUUCCUCCCAAGGUUAGGUUCCUUAGGGCAAGUUUCAGAACGUUUUGAGUUUUAAGAAACAAACAGACUCGCAAAACAUUGUCAAUAUGUCGAAUGGCUCAAAUUUGUUGCGCUCCCAGUCUAACAACAAUGAUGAGAUAAAUGAUAGCAUUUUCUUUAAGGUGGUUUUGUCAACUGCCAUCGCUAUCAUUGUCAUGUCACCCGUGGCCGUAAUAGGGAAUGGUCUGGUCUUGGCAGCGAUUUGGAAAAACCCUUCGCUCCGUAGAACACCGUGUUACGUUCUACUCGCUGGACUGGCUUUCACUGACUUUUGCAACGGAUUCAUCACAGAACCUUUUUAUGUCACAAAUCUGUUAUUGGUAAUGAAGGAUCCUUCGCUGACCAAUUACAGCAGACAUCAUUACGUGAUAAAUGAGAGAUGGCCAACGUAUUAUUUGAUAACAAAAGUUAUCGGCGAUGGAUUCUUGGAGUACUUCUUUGCAUUAACCAUUCUUCUCAUCACAGUCAUGGCGAUCGAACGCUGGCUGCAGAUGAGCCGGCAAUCUUUUGUGACUGUACGUCGAGCCUGCAAAGGAGUUGCUGUUCUAUCACUAUUGCCAUUGUCUGUGGUCGUCUGCUUUUUUCGAUUGAAAAUAACACUUGCAUAUUUUAUUUCGUAUUUUUCCUUCAUUUUGUUUUGUUUGUUCGUCACUUCAAUAGCUUAUUUCAAAGUUUUCAAAAUAAUUCGUCACCAUCAAAACCAAAUCAGUUUGCAACAGAACUCUGCUCGACCAGCAAUUGACUUUCUGAAGUACAGGAGAUCAGUCUCUUCUAUUUUAUUGGUUUUGCUUGUGUUUUAUUUCAGUUACUUGCCCAUGGCUAUUCUUUUUAUGAUUAUUUCAAUCCCUCCCAAGAAUGACUUCAGCAUAACAAUAUACGCAGUUCUUCAGGUAACGGUUGUGGCCGCAUUUUUAUCCUCCUCUCUUAAUCCGCUUCUUUACUUGUGGCGAACAAGAGAUAUACAAAGAGAAGCCCGACAAAUACUCAAGAGAAUUUUCUGCAAAGAAAGCUGAUCUCUGUAAACAGAUUUUGGUC